AAUAUUGUAAUCGCAACAUUCACUCAUAUUUAUACCUGCUUAAAUUAAUGUGAUGGCUCUGACGAACGUGCUGCUGCUAAGCCAAAUAGCUGGCUAUUUGGUAGGGUUCAUAUUGUCACUAUGUAUUAUAGUGCCGAUGAGCUUACAUCAAGAGGAAUUCAAUGGUCACUGCCUGCUGUUCUCCCACGGUGAGUGGCAGGAAAAUGGUCAAUUGCUGGUAUCCUGGGCACCGAGAGCUUAUUGUGACUAUGUCAUUGUGGUUGGUGUCCUCAUGUUCCUUGUGUGCUGCAUUCAGAUCUACAGGUUGUCUAUGUUCAUGUACAAGGGCAUAGACAGUUCAUUCCUGUCAGCAUUUCUAGAAGCAGUGGGCUGCAUUCUACUCUGUGGUCUGGCAGUAUCAGCUGCUGUGAUGGUUACGCUUGGGUUUAUGACAUGGUGCCAGAACAUUGUAGAGAGGUUCCCAAGUUGUGAAGAUGCAGCUGGUCAGAUCAUAGACAUAAAAGAUAACAUUACAACCAGUGGAUUCUAUAUUGAAAUUGGCUCUACACAGUUUGGAGCAUGGGCCACAUUUGCAACUUGGGUGGGACUGGCAGUGUUCUCAACAAUCAAGGUUUGUCGGUACCAUCAACUGGAGAACAUCCAGGUAUCAAUGUACCGGGAGCGCCAGCGGCUAGUAAACGAGAGUGGCUCCCCCACUACGCAAGAUGGUCGCUCCACACCACCUAUUGACAUAGUUCAAUAGAUUAGGAUGUUUUAAAGUUUCAAGAACUAAUAUAUUUAAAGGAAUAUUGUCUAAGGGUUAUAUUGAACAAUCAUUUGGAAUAAAUUCCCAGGCUAUUUAUUUCAGCAUCUGAUAAUUAUUGAAGUGAGAUUGUUGUUGUAAUGAAAUGUUGAAUUAUUCUUCAAUAGAAUAAUGCCCAUGAUCAUUGAGCUUUGUAUCUGUCUCACUUGCAACAGGUGCAUGGUCACAAGGCUGAUUACGAACUGAUUGUUACUGAUAGGAUGAGGUAGGCUAGUGAGGCUAGAGGCAAAUUGUGAGGAAUAUAAUUUAUGAAAAACUGAAAAUAAAAAUGAAAUUCGAACUUACCAUAAU